CCCGUGUCUGUGCUCCAUCGGAUGCGAUUUUAUCGUAAUGCGAAUCGCAAGUGGUGUCUGUGCUCUUCCGAUUCGCAUUGCGAUUUUGAGUUUGACGUUUGGCGAAGGAAAACAAAACAUUAUCGAAGAAUAAACAAACCAGAGAAAAGGCUGUUCUAUUCGUUUAACUAAACAAAGACUGUUCUGUUGUAUUGACUGUAAAUAGAAGUGUCUUAAACAUGGAUUCGGAUUCUGACUCUGAGGUCAUGUUGAGUACAAAUUUCUCUUUGCGUUACAUCUUACUAAGGAAACGGCGCAAUAAAACCAACGAUCUGUGGAAACAUCGUAAGCGAAAUGGACAGUACUAUGUGUUAUUUCCCGAGUUAUUGAAACAAGAAGACAAGUUUUUCCAGUAUAUGAGAAUGUCGAAAAAAACAUUUUACUUUAUAUUGAGAAAGAUAGAACCUUUCAUCGCCAAGUUGCCUACACAUACUCCAUAUAUCUCUCCGGAAGAACGAUUGAUGGUAACUCUCAGAUUUCUUUCUACAGGAUUGCCGUUCAAAUCACUGUCGUUCACUUUCUGCAUCGCUCACAAUACGAUUGGUACAAUUGUUUAUGAAACAUGUGAAGCAAUUUGGAAGACAUUGAACGAAGAGUUCAUUCCUUUUCCAACAACGUCAGCUUUCAACAAAGUGGAAAGAGAGUUUCUUAACAAAUGGAAAUUUCCUAAUUGCAUUGGUGCCAUCGAUGGCAAACAUGUAAGGGUGAAGGCACCGUCAAAAUCCGGUACUCAAUAUUUCAAUUACAAGAAAUAUUUUUCUUUGCAUUUGCAAGCAGUAGCUGAUGCCAAUAGCAAAUUUAUAGCCGUUGAUGUUGGUGAAUAUGGGAGUCGUUGUGAUAGUGGUGUUUUUAAGUCAUCAACGUUGUAUCAACUAAUACAGUCGAAUCGCCUGAAUAUUCCUCCUCCCAAGCCACUUCCUGGCACUAGACAAGAUGUGCCUCACGUGCUCAUUGGCGAUCAAGGCUACCCAUUGAAAACUUUUUUACUGCGUCCCUACCCAGAUAGUGAAGAUCCAGCCAAACUUCAUUUCAAUGAAUUGUUAAGCAUAGCAAGACGUUGCGUUGAAUGUGCUUUUGGCAUACUAGUCGCUAAAUGGCGAUGCUUAAAAACAGAAUUACAAGUAACUCCAGAGCAUGUCACGUUAAUAGUCCAAACAACAUGUUUGUUACACAAUAUUUGUAUGGAAUUUAAAGAACCACUACCAAAUCCAGCUAAAAACACAAGGGCUUCAGAUAUCAAUUAUAAUAGAGCUAACAACCAUUCAUCUCACCAGGCAACGGAUUUAAGAGAUUAUUUCAAAAAUUACUUCUUUCAUCACAUCGAUUGAUAUAAUAUAAUGCUAGAAAUAGAUCUACGUAAACAUGUUUCGGUAAAAUAUAUUUUUCUCAAUUUUUUCUUAUUUCAAAAUAGUUACUGAAAAAACAUUUUAAAAUGAUUUUGUUUCCUGAUAAAUGGCUGGUUGUGGUGCAGAAAUUUUCCUACAGUUUGUGGUGUUAAUAAAAUAAUGCAUUUUCUUUCAAAAUAUCACCAUUUCUUCGGAUGUUACUUUCAAUACUGGCUCGUAAAAUUUCAUGUGGGAUAAAAAGUGAAAUUUAUUAAUAAAAAAGUGCAAUCAAAAACAUCUAUCUUUAGUUUCAUCCGGAGCAAUUUCAUGAACUAUACUUUUUUAUAGAACAAAUGGUAUGAGAACACACAAAUUCGUACAUAAGAGUUUUGCGGUAAUUAUUCGGUAGGCUGGCAUGAAUUGAUACGGUAGGGUUGCAUGGAAUUAUGCUUAUAGGGAUGUGAUAAUUGAUAUUAGUAUAGAAAUUAGGUCCCUCAUGCAAGAAUCCAUGCAGAGGCUUUAAGGCUAAAAAAACAUAAAAUAAAUGAAAUAAUCUGCUAUUACCAAUACACCUGCCAGCGAAAUGC